AUGGCCUCCUAUCUUUUUCUCUGCCUACUCCUAAUCUUUCCCCAUCGUUAUGCUUCUUCUUUAGGAUCUCACUCCUGCUCUUCACUAAUCGAGUUCAAGAACUCUUUUUCCAUAACAAAUGAUGCUUCUUGGUAUUGCGAUAAAUCUCAUCCCAAGACAAAUUCAUGGAAGGAGGGUACAGAUUGCUGCUCAUGGGAUGGGGUCACUUGUGACCACCUAAAUGCUCAUGUGAUUGCCCUUGACUUGAGCUGCAGUUUGCUAUUUGGCAACUUCCCUUCCAAUACCACACUCUUCCUUCUUCUUUACCUUCAAAAACUCAACCUUGCCUACAAUGAUUUUAAUUUUUCCAAAAUUCCAUCUGAGUUUGGUCGGUUUGAAAGUCUAGUAUAUCUCAACCUUUCUCAUACAUGGUUUGUAGGAGAAGUCCCAUCCCAAGUCUCCCACCUGUCAAAAUUGGUUUCACUUGAUCUCUCUUGGAUUUAUGACUCUGAGCAAUUAACAAUUGACAAACAUGCCGUGGAGGGACUUGUUCACAACCUAACCGAGGUCAGACAUUUGUUUUUGGAUGGAAUCAACAUGUCUUCUAUUAAUCCUCAUGUCUUCAUGAAUCUAUCCUCUUCUCUAAGGUCUCUCAGUCUUGGUGGUUGUGAUUUGCAAGGAAAAUUCUCAAAAAACAUUUUUGAUUUGCCAAACCAUUUGGACUUGUGGGGGAACCAAUUGAGUGGACAAAUUCAAAUAUCAUUGGGGAACCUCUUGCAACUCACCCAAUUAUUGGAGAACCUCUUGCAACUCACUCAUUUAGACUUGUGCGGGAACCAAUUGAGUGGACAAAUUCCAAGAUCAUUGGGAAACCUCUUGCAACUCACUCAUUUAGACUUGACGCAGAACCAACUGAGUGGACAAAUUCCAAGAUCAUUGGGGAACUUCUUGCAACUCGCUCAUUUAGACUUGUCAGACAACCAAUUGAGUGGGCAAAUUCCAAGAUCAUUGAGAAACCUCUUGCAACUCACUCAUUUAGACUUGUCCUAUGACCAAUUGAGUGGACAAAUUCCAUCGUCAAUUCUAAACCUAACGCGGCUUGAAGACUUGACAAUAGCUGGAAAUAUAUUAGAAGGUUCCAUUCCAGAUGAGGAAAUAUUCCUCUCUCAAAAUCAAUUCAGUGGGCAUAUCAAAGAAUUCCAAUCCAAAUCACCAGAAUUGAUAUGUUUAGACAAUAAUAAACUCCAAGGUCCUCUUCCAUCUUCAAUAUUCCAACUUCUCAAUCUUACCAAGCUCAGCUUAUCCUCAAAUAAUCUUAGUGGCGUCGUAGAGUUGAGCAUGUUCUCAAACCUUCCAAAUCUCGAAUAUCUUGACCUUUCAUAUAACAGCCUAUCCUUCACAUCUAAUAGCACUUCUACUGUUAACCAUACAUUGCCUAAUCUUAUAAGCUUAUUAUUGUCAUCUUGCAAUCUUAGUGAAUUCCCCCAAUUUUUGAAAGAGCUUAAAAGUUUGGAUAGCUUAGACCUCUCUUACAACAGAAUUGAAGGCAAGAUUCCACAGUGGAUGCAAGAGGUGGGGAAUGACUCUUUGUCGUAUUUAAAUGUAUCCCAUAACUCUUUGACAGAAGUUGAGCAGUUUCCAUGGAAGAAUAUUGAAGUUCUUGACUUAAGCUCCAAUUUGAUCCGUGGAAAUCUUCCGAUUCCAGCUUCGACGAUCAAUAUCUUUCUGAUCUCAAAUAAUAGUUUCAAUGGACAGGUCUCUUCUUUAAUAUGCAAUGCCAGUGCUCUUAAAAUUCUUGAUUUGUCCCACAAUAACUUGAGGGGAACAAUUCCGCAAUGUUUUGGAAAUUUGAGCAACAGCCUGCAAUUCUUGAAUCUAAAGAAGAACAAGUUUUAUGGGAUGAUUCCUCCAACAUUUGCAAAGGGAUGCUGA